AUGACCACCUCCAAUCCCAACUUGACGGUGUUGUCGACUCUGUCUCUUCUCUCGAAGCCCACCAGACUAACAUCCAAACCUCCCUCACUUCUCUCUCCUCCUCUAACUCCGCCUUCCAGACUCAACUCACCAACCAAUUAUCCACUUUUCAGUCCCUCAUUCUCGACGAACUCCGCAACAUCCAGCCCUACACCUCUACCGUUCCACCCACCCAACCUGCUACAACCUCCCUUCCUCCUUCUGUUCACCCCGUUUUGUGAUCACUCCUGUGGUAGAAGGGCAAAGUUCCCCACUGCCUUGAAAACCAUUGAUUGGUCAGCAAGUCAGCUUUCUUUGGUGUAUGAGCGUGCCACUGCUAGCAAUGAAGAUUCUAGCAGACUUAUUCUAGAAUAG